UAAUAUGCACCCUUCAGCUCCUCUCCCCCUAUCUUGGCUGUUCUUAGUUCGCUAGUCGGUUGCUCCCUACUCUUCCCUUCCUGUCUCCAUUGCCGGCACCUUGCAAGCCAGCUACUAAGCAGCUCGAUCGCGCAGACCACUGCCUCGUCGGUGGCCGUGCACGUUGUCGACCAGGUGAAGCGAUGAGCUGCAGCGGCUGCCGCGUGCUGCGCAAGGGGUGCAGCGACGCCUGCGUGCUCCGGCCCAGCAUCGAGUGGAUCCACGGCGCCCAGCCGCAGGCCAACGCCACCGUCUUCGUCGCCAAGUUCUUCGGCCGCGCAGGCCUCGUCGCGUCGCUCGCCGCCGUCCAGCUCCAACACCGACCAGCGCUGUUCCAGUCCCAGCUGUACGAGGCGUGCGGGCGGACGAUUAAUCCAGUCAGCGGCGCCAUCGGGCUCAUGUGGACGGGCAACUGGGACCUCUGCCAGGCCGCCGCCAAUGCCGUCCUCCGCGGCGAGUCCCUGCACGCGCUCUCCACCAUCCCCGCCGCCUUCACCGACCGCGACAUGGCCGGACUCUACGGCAACGUCGGCGUUGCGGCCUCCUCCUCGCCAGAGCACUCAUCCUCUGCGCCAUCCAGGAAGCGCAAGAACAACGGUCCCUCCUUCGCUGCCAAUGCCCCCGGUUGCCAGCCGCCGGCGGAGCUGCUGCAGUCGUGCGAGCUGGACCUCUGCCUGACGCCAGUGUCGCCACCGGCAGGAGGGUGGCGGGGCGGCGGCGCGUCGGACGAGUACUCGGCCACGACGACGUGCGAGGAUCAAGCCAGCGGUGACGCGGAGGCCAGGGCGCCGGCGCUGCUGAACCUCUUCAACUGACUGAUCGUAUCCUCUUCGUUGUAAGAUGUAACUGCGCACAGAGUUCACCAGGGUCAGGGUGUGUGGUAGUAAAUAGUUGCAGGAAUCGAUCGGUGUUGGUUAAUUAUUAAGCUUUUUUGGGAUCUGCAAAUGGUUUUGUAGUGAUCGAACAGUUGACUAACGCUGCUAAUUCGGUCAAUUGACGAGUUUCUUCGCUAGGGAAAAGAUGGCCUGGACUGGCACAAGAAUAUGAUGCAUAGGUGGAGAUGGAGCAGCUUAAGACCUAAAGGGAUUGCAUGGAAUUCAAGAUUUUUCACAGAAAUUUUGAAUGAAUUUGAAUUUCACUAGGAA